CACGUGUAAGCUCACACUAAUUGCUAUUCUCGAGUCGAUGUCACAGCGUGUGUCGUCAGUGUGCGAAGUGUCAUUGACUUUUUGGCAGUUGCAAGCCAUCGGCAUCAUAUCUGGCUAGCGCUGAUGUGCUCUUUGAUUAAAAAUGGCUUCCAACAAGUCCGCUUUGGGAUUGAAGCCUAAAUGGCCCGGAAAAGAGGCUCACCUCAGCGAUGGAACUGGAAGCGAAAGUGAAGUGAGGUUUUCAGUGCACUCCACUGCGUCGAAGGGACAAGUGGCGCAAAUGGAGCCCUCUAGAGUCCAAGGACUGACAAAGUCGGUGGCGUCUCCCGGCAGAGGAGCCAUGAAGGAAGCCAAGCUGGAUGGAUGGGACCCUAUGGAAGAUGAUUACAACGAUAGUUCAUUCAACAGUUACAACAGAGGACCUGGGAAUGGGUUGCUCGGAAAUAAUCAACACCAAGGGGACAACAGAGAUACGAAGUACAAGCUGUUUGUUGGGAACAUUCCAGCUGAGAUGACGGAGGAUGGUCUCUUUAACCUGUUCAGCCCAAUUUGUGACAUCAAGUUCACUAAAGUCAUUCCCAGGAAGGACCAAACUGGUUAUGGAUUUGUCGAGGUCCCAUCGGUCAAAGACGGCGAGGAAGCCAUUAGGAGAUUAGACGGCCACAAAAUCAGAGGUUAUGGUUUGAGGAUUUCAUUCGCUAGAGAGAAAAGUAGAAGUGACUCCCAAGGACUCAGGCAGUUCAAUCCUCCCAGCCAAUCAAAUGUGGCCCAGCCCUCGUCCAAAGCCAAACCAACCAAUGGGACGGUGUCAAGCAGUGCAGAUGCCGACGGGUAUGCGAGCAGUGACAGUAGCGGUAAAAGAAAAACUCCGGAGCUGAGAAAAGUUGAAAAUCGCUAUGGAAACGUGACGAAGGUGGUCUCUCCAAAAGCAGAACCAACCAUCAAGCCUCCAACAAGCUCGGCGCCAGUCAGCAAAGUGCCCUCCAGCAGCAACCCGGCCAGCAAAGCGCCCUCAAGCAGCAACCCUCUCAUCAAAAGCCCGCUUCAGUCUCUUCUCCAAAAGAUGAAAUACCCCGUUAAAGACGGUCCGUCAUCCCCAAAGGAGAAGUACCAAAAUGACUCGACUCCCAAGACUAGCCUACCAGAGGGUGAGAAGGUCACUAGGUCAGAGGUUAGAGGUACAGGGGAGGUAAAGUUAGUCGGUGCAGCGAGCAGACAGAUCCAAUUUGGGGGUUCUUCUUCGGAGCGGAAGUCCGACAGCGUAGAGCUCAUUGCAAAACUGAAGGCAGGUGGUGUGCACCUUAGGGAGAAGGUUCCUGAGGAGAGGGAGGCUUCUCCAGCGAGUUCAAUGGUGAAGACUGAAGCCGUAAAGGCAGCUUCCCCACAACCUCUUCUUGCUCUACCCGUCAAAGGUAACAUCCUUUCCUCUAAACCUUCCGAUGGACAUCAGUCCCAAGUGUCUUCAAUCCACCACUCCACACCACAUCAAGAACCUCUUCUCCCUCUACCCUAUGCAAAUCAGUCUGAAGCAGCUUCAAUCAACCACUCAAAACAUCAAGAAGCGGGGCCUUCAAACAGGGGGAUUUUAGGACCAGCUCCAAGGGAUGCUUCCUUGCAUCAUCAGGGCCAGAUGUCGCAGCCACCGCAUGGCCCAUCCGGCCAGGGUUAUCACUCCACCUGCGCAAACUGCAGUCAGUGCGACACCGAGGGUCAUGAGCCCCCACCUCACUACCAUCAGCCGCAACAUCCGUGGAACGGCCCGUACAGAUAUUCCAGCCCCCAUGCCCAGUACGCCCAGCCACCUGAGGGUUACCCGAUGUACCCGCCGUACCAGCAUUCCAUGCCCUUAAGGUACCCCCAGUACGGUCCAGAUCCUUACGGCUACAACCCACCACAGUAUAGCUCAGUGCCCCCCUCUGGCCACGCCCAUUCCUACGGACAGCAUUUCCGCUACGGAACACCCCGGAGAGGUAUGAAUCGGGGAAACUUUCAUCGAGGAGAACCGAGAUUCCCCAGGGAUUAUUACUCGAGCGGCUAUAAAGUAAUACCCCCUAAACCACGACCUGACAUGCCCCAUUCGCACCCGACGAGGCCCUAUACAAAGUGGGAAGAGCAUUAUUCCAGAGGAGUUGAAGCAGAUACAGGGAACGGGUCUACGCAAGAAGCCGCCCUUAAUCCCACCAUGAAAAGCAGAAGGACACCAGUUGCUGAUCCAAGUCCAGCGGGUAGACCCUCUGAGAAUGACACCGGAAAGGCAACAGCCGGCGGGAAUGGUAAAUAUCGGAGAUCAUCGCAGAGAGGCACAGGGUCUGACUCGGAUUCGUCCUCUCCCAAGCUCUGCAUGAACUGCAAGAUUAAACCAGGUGAACUUAUAGGUGAUCAUUGUUGUAGUCGCUGCAAAGGUUUAUACUGCUCCAGGGAAUGCCAGCGAGAGCAUUGGCCUACUCACAAGAACAGUUGCCGUCAAGCCUCCACACCUGAUAGGUCUCCCAAGGCGCAGUUACCAGACAAACCCAAGACGAUGUCUCCCCCGAAGAAGACGACAACCACAACCCUCCUUCAUGGCGGUGCUGAAGGGCAGUUCAUGGCACAGAAUCUACCAUUUGAGACACCAGAUGAAUCUCGGAUGGAGGUUUUUGUAACUAAAGUGGACAGCCCUGGUUCAGUUUGGGUGCAAAUUUACAAGGAACAGACCGUGGAACGUUUCGGGAAGCUCAGCCAAGCUCUAAGCGAUACGUAUCUAGGGACAAGUAACUCUGGAGAGUUCAGCUGCACACCAAAGGUGGGAGCUGUGUGUGCCAUCCAAUACUCGCAAGACACUUUCUAUCGAGCGGAGAUCCUCUCCGUCGAGGACGACAACUCAUACUCCGUACUCCUCAUAGACUUUGGCAUCACGGAUACCAUCAUGAAGCAGGACGUUCGCAAACUGAAAGACAAGUUGCUGAGACUACCCAAGCAGGCUUUGAAAUGCUUCCUAAGUGGCAUCCAAUCGCCUCAGGGUACCUGGUCUAAGGAGGCAACCGAAAAGCUCCAAUCAUUGGUCAAGUGUCACAAGUGUACUGUGGAGUUCAAGGGUCAGGGGGUUGAAGGUCGAGAGAUUGAGCUGUACGACCCCAGUGAUAAUUCACUACCAGUGUCUACGAUUCUAGUCUACGCCGGUCUGGCCAGAUCUACCAAGAUCUCUGCGCCAUCCCAAACCUCUGCAAAACCACCAAGUGCUACCACUGGCUCCCAACCUAGCCUGGGCUCGAUUGGUGAGGAUCUAACCAUUGGGGAGCUGAUUGAAGUCUGCGUCAGCCACGUGGAAAGCCCAGGCUGUUUUUACGCCAACGUGGUGGACCUUGGUUCUGAUCUGGUGGAAUUGGGCCAAAACAUCAAUGACUUUUAUUCAGAGACGACAGCUCAGGCCGGAUUCAGCCCCAAGCAAGGAGAACUCUGUGCUGCUAGAUUCAGUCACGACAACUGCUGGUAUCGGGCGGUCGUCCAAAAAGUUCCUCGCUCUGGAGAGAAAAAUCUGUAUGUGGACUUCAUCGACUACGGCAAUAGCGACAGCGUUAGUCUGGAUGAAUGUCGCCCUCUGGAGGAGAGAUUCACCAGCCUGCCCAAUCAAGCCAUCCAAUGUAAACUGUCCGGUGUAAAACCCACGGGAGGGACCGACUGGCAAGAUGACAUGACCGGGGCGUUCAAAGAGUGGCUGGCAACAGCUCCAACUGUCAACAUUAACAUCCAAGAUAAACAGGACAAGUACCUUGUGGUUGAGGUGUUCUCACCUGGGGCUAAAGAGCCGGAAUGUUCUUUCAAUCAGAUGCUCCAGACGAUUGGCUUCGCCGCCGACGACAACGACGACAAAAAAGAGAGUGUGACCAAUCAGGCUGCUGCAGGAGCAUCAGGUGACUCUGCCUCAGCCAAUCAGACUGCUAUGAUGGACCAGCCGUCUGCAAGCGCAGCAACCAAACAGCUGUCAGUGGCUGCCAUACCCGAUAUCAAGUUUGAUGGUUUUGUAACGUCCGUCAGCAGCCCGCUGGACUUCUAUCUGCAAGUUUUCAGCCGAGAGAACAUGGUGGCGUUUGAGGCGCUCACAAACCUUCUCAAUACGCGGUACUCGCUUCAGGACCCGGUCCCCUUCAACCCGAGAGUCGGUGACUAUUGCGCGGUGAAGAGCACCGAUGAUGCAUGGUACAGGGCCCGCAUUCUGGAGAAGGUGGCCCCUGAACCUGCGUUCAAGGUGUUGUUUGUGGAUUAUGGAGUCGAGGAGGUGACGCAAUUGGACAGAAUCACGCUGUUGGAAGAUCGAUUUUAUGACACCCCUAUGUUCGCUGUACAUUGCGGACUAGCUUGUGUUCGAAAGAACUCCACAAUUAACCAAAACGAAAGAGCAAUAGCCUUCUUUACUGAAAAGGUGAAAGAGAAACAACUUGAAGUUGAAGUUGUGAGGAAGGAAGAAAACAAGUGCCUCGUGGAGCUACUAUACCCCAACGACAAAGAACAAACUACCAUCCAAAAGGACCUCAUCAAGAACGGCUUUGCAAGUCUACUAGAUGUAUCGCCAUCCAAUCAGGUUAAGCCUCGGACCACGCCACCCAAUCCAGAAGUAGCUUCCGUGCCGACUGUCCAACCACCCAAAAACUUUCCGGGGUACGUUUCCGCCGUCGGUGAUCGCGGCGACCUCUACAUACAAGUGGUCAGUCAGAAAAACUUGGACGCGGUCAACGAGCUGACUGAAAAACUCAACGCCCAUUACGAGAAGAUGCAACAGCGCCCUCAUAAGCCAAGCAUCGGAGAGGCCUGCGUCGCCAAGUACAGCGUCGACAACAGUUGGUACAGGGUUCGGGUGGAUGAGCUACGAGCCACCCAAGCUAGAGUUCUGUUUGUGGACUAUGGAAACACGGAGACCGUUUCCUUGGACGGCAUCAAGAAACUGGACGGAGACUUCUUUGCCGUUCCACAGUGCUGCCACCAUUGUUAUCUGAGUGGUGUUAGAGCGCCCUCUAGAGGUAGAGAGUGGGACAGUGCUGCCACUGAUAUACUCAGGAAGAUGGUUACCCCAGAGGGAGACAGUGUGAAAGGGUUUCAGGUGACUGUGACGAAACGGGACGGGGAGGGGUGUGAGGUGGUGAUUCGUUACUCCAAUGAUGGUGGUGACACCUGGUCAUUGGUGAACGAUGACCUGAUCGCUCACUUCAAUUCACCUGGCCCGUCAGGUGAUCAUCAGCCAGCCAAUGGGGAGCCGCCACAACCAGCUAGUCCAGCCAAUGAGGCGAUAGGUCAGGGGUUGGGCAAGAGUGCGGAGUUUGAGACCCUACCUGCCGGUAUCCCGCUUACUGAUAACUGCAUCUGUCUUGUGACAGUCGUCAACAGUCCGUCCGAUUUCUUCAUCCAAAUCCCAUCCGAGGAAAACAUUGAACUUGACGAAAGACUCGGCAACGAGCUCCGAACAAAGUAUGACGAUGGCAGCAUGAACCCUCAUGAGCCCAAGAUUGGCCAGUUGUGUGCUGCUAGGUUCAGUGCCGACAAUGCUUGGUACAGGGCCCGGGCAGUUGAGAAAGUGGCCCCUGAAUCAGCGGUGAAAGUUAUGUUUGUGGAUUACGGGAACGUUGAAGUUGUUGCCUUGAAUGAAAUCAGGAAGCUGGAGGGGUGGUUAACAGAGGUCCCCGAGUUCUCCCACCGGUGUGGAAUUCACGGUAUGAUAGCACCCUCUGGAGGCAAGCAGUUGCUAUGGAGUGAGGAGACGAUCAAACACGUCAAGUCCAAGUUGGAGAACGCCAUGUGCACAGUGGACAUCGUGAAGAAUGACGGGAAGGUGUGUGAGGUGGAGAUUCUUUACUCCAGUCAGGAAGAUCAGUGGAUCAACAUCAAGGAGGAGUUACGGGAGCUGGGAUUGGCUGAGCCUAUCAGAGCUCAACCAAUCACAUCGCCUGAGCCCGUUGCUCCUCCAAUCACAUCGCCUGUACCUGUUAGAGCUUCACCAUUCACAUCGCCUAUGCCUGUUGGAGCUCGACCAAUUGCGUCAACCGUCUCAUCACCAACUAGUCCAAGAGAUGGGGUUAUUUUGUGUUCAUCUCUGAAGAAGAUGGUUCUACCAAGUUCUGCCGUUAACGUCAUCGUGAAUGAGAUUGUGAGUCCCCUGGAGUUUUAUUGCCAGAUGUGCAUCCAAGAAGAGAAUGAGAAGCUUUUGACGUUGAUGAACGACAUUCAAGACUACGCAACCAAACUGCCAUCAGACAUCCCACCGUACCAACCAGCCAUUGGAGAUCUAUGCCUCGCUAAAUUCACAGAUAAUUACUGGUACCGCGGCGACAUCAUCAAGAUCAAGAUGUCAUCCCAGAAGGCCUUGGUGAAGUAUAUCGACUUUGGAAACGUGGAGCCGUUGCCAUGGUCUCAAAUGCACGCUGCCCCACAGGUUUUCGCCGAAUUACCCAUCCACGCGAUUAAGUGCGGACUAAGUGGGGUUCCGUUGGGUGCUAGUUCUUCGGAUGAAAACACCAAGAAGUUUCUUCAGGAGCAGCUGAGCGAUGAGAGUUCUCCACUUUUGCGUGCCACCCUUCAGGAGUUGACAGCAGAUGGGACAUCACUGGUGCAGUUGGUUGAGCCAGAAUCAGACAAAAACAUAAAUCAAAUUGUCGCUGCGUAUCUGAAAGAUGCAAAACCAGCAAGCAGCCCAGACCAACUCGGCGCCCGGUCUCGUACCCCCAAUGGUCCGUCAAAGGUCAUGACCCCCGGAGCAUCACCAAAGGUCACGACCCCUGGAGCAUCACCAAAGGUCAUGACCCCAGGAGCAUCACCAAAGGUUGCACUUCCUAAAGCGUCACCGCAGUUCAUAACACCAAAAGUUGUAACUCCUGGAGCAUCACCAAAAUUCUUGAGCUCUGGAGCAUCACCAAAGGUCACGACCCCUGACCCAUUAGCAGAGGCCAAGAGGCGAGAGACAGAGCGCAAGAAGAAAGAAUUAGAGGCGAAGAUAGAGGCGCAGCGACGCCAGCUGGCCGAGAUGGAGAUGGAAAUCGCCAACCUAGGAGACUGAACCAGGUAAUUCACAAGAUGAGAAAUUCUGACUCAAGAUUUUCUGGAGAAUAAAGCAGUGGAUCGGUAGAUCAGAACUUAUCUUAAGACGAUUUUGAUGAACUCAGAGGUAGAGAAAGCUUCAGUUUAUAAACCCCGUUGUCGAUUUCACAAAACUUUUCCUAACUUAGGAUUAAUCUUAGGAUUUACGACGAGUUAAGUUCCGUAUCUAUAGAUGAUAGGACGCAUUGAGCCCAUCCUAAUUUGGGAUGAGUUACUCGUCCUAACACGAGAUAGGAUUAAUCCUAGCGUUUCGUGAAAUUGGCUGCAGGACCAGGCAUUCCUGCAGAUGAUUUUAAGAUUAUUUACGUUGAGGACUGCUGGGCAAAGCUUUGAAUCAGGAAAUUCAAAAUUUGUUUUUUUCUAUAGGCUCAGGUCUGGUUUCCAUGAUUCGAACAACGCAUUACUGGAAGAUCCAUUCCAUGAUGGUUGUAGAUUUUGCGUCUUUAGUGCACAUAAAAAGCGCCCUCUAUGGAACAACACAUUACUGGAAGACCCAUGAUGGUUGUAGAUUUUGCGUCUUUAGUGCACAUCACAAGCGCCCUCUAUGGAACAACACAUUACUGGAAGACCCAUGAUGGUUGUAGAUUUUGCGUCUUUAGUGCACAUCACAAGCGCCCUCUAUGGAACAACACAUUACUGGAAGAUCCAUGAUGGUUGUACAUUUUGUGUCUUUAGUGCACAUCAAAAGCGCCCUCUACGGAGAGUUUUCUGUUUUGUGCCCUGAAAGGGUCGGGUACAGCUUUUUGUGGAGAUUUUGUAAUUCAUAUUUUUUCAUGUGGCAUUACUCAAAAUUAAGUUAAUGGUUAUUUUGAUAUGUAGUAAAGAGAUGUUCUUUAAUUUAUGGAUUGCUUUUAAAAUGCUGCUUUUUUUUUAAGUGCCAACUCCGUAUCCAAACAGGUUAUUUAAAAAGUUGAUUUUGACACAGUUCAUGAUUGGGUUCUAAAUUUUUUAUUUUUUUUGCUUUUCACUGUUUAAAGCAAAAGAAAAGAAGUCAAAAGAACUGACAAUAAGCGCUACAUUUGACUACUGGGGGAUUCUUUAGGUUUGGUUAGAGGAACAAAGCAUUGUUGAAACUGUUCUUAACGUUGUUUAUUGUUUACUAUUUACAGUAUAAAUUAACUAUUGUGAUUUGUUAUUGUAUGUUAGGACGCUAAUGUAAGUAUGUUGAAAUAAACAAGUUUUAUCGAAGCACUUUGCUAUUAAUAUUUUUUUAAACAAACGUUCAACUUUUCUGCAAAUAUUAGUUCAUGGUUUUUCGGCUGCGCCGUUGAAAAUUGAAAAAACAAACAGUAUAAGUCUUGCUGUGCCUGACAUUUUCUUCUUGUUGCUGUUGCUGACAAACUGCAGUUCUUUUAGGACAAUAGAAAAGAUUUCAAAAGUAUAAAUGUUGAAUAAUUUCUAUUGAUCAAAGGUUGGUUGAAGCCUGGUUGGUAGAGCAGAAUGCAUUACCUUCCCAACUUUUUAUGAAGCAAUUAUGGUUAAGUGUCUUGCUCAA